UCGGACUGGGAUCCAGCACCGGGAUCGGGGUCCAGCACCGGGAUCGGGAUCAGCACUCGGACCGAGAUCCAGCACCGGUAACGGGGUCUAGCACUGGGAUCAGGGUCCAGCACCGGGAUCAGGAUCCAGCACCGAGAUCGGGAUCAGCACCGAUAUCGGGAUCAGCACUCCGAUCAGGAUCCAGCAUCGGGAUCAGCACUCGGACCGGGAUCCAGCACCGGGAUCGGGAUCAACACCCACAUCGACACCAGGAUCGGGAUCAGCGCUCGGACCGGGAUCCAGCACCGGGAUCGGGAUCAACACCCACAUCGACACCAGGAUCGGGAUCAGCGCUCGGACCGGGAUCCAGCAGCGGGAUCAGGAUCAGUGCCCGCAUCGACACCGGGAUCAGGAUGAGCCGCGGAGGAACCAGCACCAUUGGCAUGUCCCGGGCGCUCAGCCUCAGGAACGUGCCCCGGACUUUCUCGGUUUCCUCCUCGAAUUUACUGAGUGAGAGCCCCCGGGCGGAGAUCGACCCGAAACUGCGGGCGGCCCGGACCCAGGAGAAGGAGGAGAUCAAGGGGCUGAACAACAAGUUCUCGGAUGUCAUCAGCCGGGUUCGUAAGCUAGAACAGGAGAAGCAGGUGCUGGAGACACAAUGGGAUCUGCUGCAGCACACAGACACGUACAAAUCAAAUGCUGACAAAAUCAUCAACAUGUUCUGCAACAAACUGAAGCAGCAGCUUGGUGAUCUGGAGAAGGAGAGAGACCGCCUGAAGCUGCAGAUCUCACACACACAGCAAUUGGUCGAAGAUUUCAAAGGGAAAUAUGAAGAUGAGAUUAAUUCCCGUACUACACUGGAGAAUGAAUUUGUUAUCCUUAAGAAGGAAGUGGAUGAUGCCUAUUUUCAAAAGGUCAAGCUGGAAUCAAAACUGGAAUAUCUCACCAAUCUGAUUGAGUUCCUGAAGCUACUCUAUGCUGAGGAAAUUUAUGAGCUGCAAUCACAAAUCCAGAGCACUGCUGUCACACUCAAGGUCAACAACAAACGCCAACUAGACAUGAAACAGAUGAUCGAUGACAUCAAACAGCAGCACGCUGAAGUCGCAGCCAGGAACAAGACUGAGGCUGAAGCCUGGUACCAGGACAAGCUAUCAGAUCUGGAGAAUGACAAAGCAAGACAGAACAAUGACCUCAGAAAUGCAAAGAACGAGUUUGCUGAUUGCUCACGUUAUCUGCAGAAGCUGAAGUCUGAAAUAGAUGCGCUUCAGAAUCAGCGUGCCUCCCUGGAGUCUAACACCAGGGACGAAGAGGAGCGUGGACAGAUUGCCAUCAAUGAAGCCAAGAACCAUAUCAACCAGCUGCAGGAGGCUCUGCGGAAGGUAAAGACAGAUAUGGCCGAGCAAAUGCGUGAGCACCAAGAAUUACUCAACGCCAACAUGGCACUGGACAUGGAGAUUGCCACCUACAGUAAACUCCUGGAUGGAGAGGAGGAAAGAGAUGGAGUUCCAUCCAGUGGCACCAUAACCCGAGUGGUCAGCUCAUCAGUCAACCCAAGAGGAACCUUGGUCAGGAAAAAUUCAAAAUUCAUGUAACAGACUUAAGAUCAUUCAGUUUGGAAGGGAUAGUAGCGAGAAUCAAUUCCUCUCUGAAGAUCCUAUCACUGAUGCUUAACACAUGAAGGCCCACCCUCCAGAUCAUCAGCAACAGAGAAACAGCAAGACAACAAAUUGAAUCUCUCUCUCAUUUGAAACUGAGUUUUAAUUAUCUUCACAGUAAAGAUCAUAUGUCGAAUAAAUUCUGUUUAAUGUAACGUAAUGCUAAUUACUCACUAUUAUAACUUUUCUUGCCUCUUUAUUAAGUCCAACUUUGCUUAGUUCUCUGAACUCUGCCCACUAUCCGUCCCAAUCCCCAAAUACCCCAAUACACACAUUUACCCCUCUGCCCUCUGUCCCACACUCUCCCCCUGCUCUCCAUCCCAUACUCUCCCUCUGUCCUCUGUAUCACGAACUCUCUCCCCCGAGCUCCUCAAACUGUGGGAUUUAUUCCCUCCCCUCGCUCCUAUCUCUACAAAAGCUGAGUUCAAUGUUCAUUUUUGAAAAGUGCAUGAUGUAGUCACUGCUACUUUAUGGCAAUUGUUUUCAUGCUUUCUGGUGCCCUGUACUCAGUGCCUUGACACUUUGCUUGUGGAUGUUUUUUAAAGAGAUUCAUGGUGACAUUUGCUUGUGGUGACAAGGGGAAAAUAUUUAUCAUUGCUGGGCAAUAUCAUGGAAUAAAGAAUUCAAACAAA